AAUGGCGCCAUUUCGGGGGCGCGGAGGCUCUCGAGGAGGCUCACGAGGCGGCUCACGCGGGGGACCCCGUGGUGGCAUGCGUGGAGGAAUGCGUGGUAGAGGCAGGGGUGGAAUGCGAGGAGGUUCAAGAGGCGGAAAGAGGAAUGGCUUUGAGUCUGCGCGCAUAGAGGACCCUGUCGCAAACGGGGAAGGAUAUUCUGGAUCCUCAGGUUCUGAAUCAGAAUCGGACGAAAGCGACGCAUCCUCCGAAGCUGAUGAGAAGGAAGAGGAAGUAGCUCAGCCCAUAUCUAAAGCCUACCAGAAUUUGUUACAAACAUUUGCUUCGCGAAAGAAAUCCGGUACAUCCAACGACGAGCCUAGACGAAAGCGAAGAAAGUUGGACCACGAGAUGCCGGUAGAUGACGAAGAAGAUCUGGCGGAGGUACUCGCAGAUGCAGAGUCGGGUUCUUCUGGCGAGGAGGAGGAUGGCGAACAAAAUGCCAACGAUGGGUCUGAUUCCGAAAGCGAGGAAGCUGCUGGCGAACCAAGUAGUGCUUUCGAGACGCAUUUCGAGAAACCUGAUGAGAUGGAGGUGACGACUUGCCGAUCCGCUAUCAAGAAGAACAAGUGGACAACCAAGAAACUCGAUGUCGGGAAAGGUGGAAGAUGUCUACUACAGCUGCCUGGAGAGAGUGAUACACACCCUCCUCGAAAAAAGGUCAAGAGUGUAUCGAACGUCCAGCUGAAACCCAAACUGGCGGAUAACGCAACAAAGGUCCUUGGCGAUUUCGACGAAGUGGAACAGGCUAUUGCGCCUUCGUUGUUCGACUACCAGGAUGUCAUGUUCGGUGCCAGGACUGUGAAAAACGCACAGCGCAUACGCGACAUGGUCUGCUUACAUGCUCUCAAUCACAUCAUUCGCACUAGAGAUCGGGUACUGAAGAAUAAUUCGAAGUUGGCAGCAGCGUCUGAUGAUGUCGAUGCUGAGUAUCGCGACCAAGGUUUUACCCGACCCAAAAUCCUUUUCUUGCUAGAGACCAAACAAGCAUGUGUCCGGGCUGUCAACUCCAUCACCCAGCUGUACGAUUUCGAACAGCAAGAGAACAAGAAGAGAUUCCUUGACAGUUUCUCGUUGCCUGAGGACAAGUUCUCUGAUGACAAGCCCGACGACUUCCGGGAACUGUUUGAGGGCAACGACGAGAACGAAUUUCGCGUGGGUGUGAAGCUGACGCGCAAGACGCUCAAGUUUUAUUCCACUUUCUACAACUCAGAUAUCAUCUUUGCUUCUCCUCUUGGACUCCGCAGGGCCAUCGAGACCGGCGACAAGAAGAAAAAGGACGCCGAUUUCCUUUCGUCUAUUGAGAUGGUCAUCAUGGAGCAAGCUGACGCAACACAAAUGCAAAACUGGGAGCACGCCGAAUUCGUGUACGAACACCUCAACCUGCAACCAAAGGACGCUCACGGCUGCGACUUCUCCCGCGUGCGAUCAUGGUAUCUCGAUGGCCAUGCUCCAAACUUCCGUCAAACCAUCGUCCUCUCAGCCUACCUCACCCCAACAAUCAACACUCUCUACAACAAGCACAUGCGUAAUAUCUUUGGGCGUCUGAAAUACACCCCAGACUAUAGUUCAGGGCUGAUCGAAAACCUCAGCCACGGCAUCAAACAAACUUUCUCGCGCUUCGACUCCCCCUCGCAUCUCACAGACCCAGACGCCCGCUUCAAAUUCUUCAACUCGACUGUCCUACCCUGGAUCACGCGUCUUCCGAGACCCCCAGAAGGCGGCGUCGGCGUUCUUGUCUUCAUACCCUCGUACCUCGACUUCGUCCGUGUGCGAAACUCCCUCGUAGAUUCAGACCUCUCAUACGCCUCCAUCUCAGAGUACACAGAUGCGACCGACGUGCGCAAAGCGCGGUCGCAUUUCAUGAGUGGACGCCACUCACUUCUCCUGUACACUGGCCGUGCGCAUCAUUUUCACCGGUACCAGAUCCGCGGCGUCAAGCGCGUUGCCUUUUACGCUGUGCCUGAGAACCCGGCCUUCUUCGAGGAGGUAGUGGGAUUUGCGGCGCGAUCAGUUGAUCGGGGAGAAGUGGCGAGGACAGAGGCCAGUGUUAAAGUUUGCUUUUCGAAAUGGGAGGGGAUGGAGCUGGAGCGGAUCGUUGGCUCCAAGAGAGUUGCGAAGAUGAUCAAGGAUCGCGGGGAUGUGUUUGACUUUGUUUAGAUGCGGAUUGUUCAUUUAGUGGAAAAGUUCAUUUCUAAUUAUGUCUGGGGGUACAAACGAGUUUUUCGGAUGGUUUAUGUAUGUAUAUAGGAAACAGAAGUCUUGGCGUGGAUGAAGAAAAAAUCAUUUACAUUGACAUGUCAGAUUAUGAGUUGAAGCCGGUAGAACGGAAUAGGCUUUUUUUCACGGUCAAUUUACACGACCAUAAAAACGAUAAUCAAGCGAAAGCAAAUCCCUAGAACAAAUUCGUUCCUUAUUGAAAACUGAAAAACCCCAUCACCGUCGUGAUCAACAUGAUCCGGAACGAACAUUGUCCGCUUCAUUGCGAGACCCCCUUAUUUCCUCAUCUUGUACCUUACCACUGGAAAUGGCAUCUUUUCCUGCCCCUCUCCAUCCCUUCUACUCAACACCACCUCAGUCCAUCUCCCCAGAUCGUGGGGUAGUGAUAGCAAGGUUAUCUAUCGUGUUGACAACCUCAUCUUCGCCAGAGGAAGGCGAGGUUGAAGAGGAGGGUGGUGACAUGUACAACAACACGCUCACGAUAUCUUCUUCCACCAGCUCACUCCCCACAUCCAUAACCACAUCUGUGUCUGCGUUUU